UUCCGAGCAAAAUGUCAGCGCUGGAAACUUUGUUUGAGAGCGAGAUUCCUGGCGGGCGGCAGGCCCUCCAGGACAGUCACACAAAUUUAGAAAGAGUGGCAGAGUACUGUGAACAUAACUAUCUUCAGUCAGGUGACAAGAUGGCUGCCUUGGAAGAAACCAAAAGUUACACAACCCAGUCCUUAGCCAGUGUAGCAUACCAAAUCAAUACGCUAGCAACCAAUAUGUUACAAAUGCUGGAUUUACAAGCAACACAAAUGGCUCAUAUGGAGUCAAAUAUAAAUCACAUUGCUCAGACUGUCAGUAUACAUAAAGAAAAAGUGGCAAGGCGAGAGAUUGGUGUACUAACGACGAAUCGCAAUAUUAUACGCACACAUAAAAUCAUUGCACCAUCAUCUCCAGAAAGACCUAUCAAAUAUGUACGUAAACCAGUAGACUAUGUAAGCUUGGAUGAUGUUGGUCACGGUCUUAAAAUUGCCAGUUCUACAAAUCCUAGAAUGACCAGGACACCGUCUGUUAGUAGUACAGGUACCGUGAGCUCCAAUGACAGUGCCCCUGUCAGCAAUACUGGUACAAUUAACAGAUCAGGUAGAGGGACAUUACCUAGACCGUCUCAUAAACCACCGGAGCCUCCAGCAGUUCCUAAAGACUAUGCUGCCCCCAGUGAAAUUAUGCAUACAAGACCUUCCAAGGUGCCCAACCCGCCUCCACCUCCUCCUCCUCCACCAGGGCAGUAUCAGUCACCACACGUAACCAUUGGAAGACCACAACAGCCUCCCCCAAUGCCACCCCAGUCUCAACAGCAGCCAGUAGCCAAUAUACCGCCAGCUCCACCACCACCGCAGCCAGUGGGUCCAACAGUCGAGAGUCAUUACGCCCCCAGCAUGGCUUACCUGGCCAGCCAGAGGGAUAAACAAGAACAGAGAACAUCGCAGUAUCAGACAACAGCAACAGCAGUUCCUCAGCAAAAUAUACCUCCACAGUUCAGAGGAGAAUACAUGCCUUUGCCUGGCCUUGCUAAGGUGGAUUUGAGAUCAACACAGCCUAAGUCAGAAUACCAAUCUGGUAUGUUGGCAUCUCAGGCUGGACAACCGGCAGCGCCACCACCACCUCCCCCUCCACCAAUGCCAGAUAUAACAAGUAACACGCAGUAUAGUCCUCCAUCAGGUGAAAUGUCUUUGCCUCCUCCUCCAACUUCACUGACCUUGGAAGGUUCAUUUGAUUUUGAACCGCCGCCACCACUCCAAUUUCUUGAUGAAAUUGACGACAGUCUUGGAACAA